AUGGACUAUCGCAUGAAAGAUUUCAGAGCAGACAAGUCGACUCAAUGCAGACUGUGCGACGGUUACCCUCGAAAUAAAGAAACAAGGUCUCCUUGGUAUUUGCGCUUGAAAUUUUUUAUGUCUUUUCUGUUCGGUAUGGUAACACAGACGAAAUACUGCAGAAGUCAAAUGGUCAGAUUUUUUACGAACAUGAAAGUGGUGAUUAAUAUAGAACCUUGCGGUAGUCACGCAUAA